AUGAGGAGCGGGCGCGGCGGCCGGCGGUGCCUGGGCGGGGAGCCGGGUGCGUGCGCCAUGAACCCCGAGCUGGCGAUGGAGCCGCUGGGCAGCCUGCACGGGGCGGCGGGGCACGAGCCGGAGCUGAUGGGCAGCCCCAGCCCGCACCACGGCGGGCGCGGCGCGGGCGCUCGGGCGCCGCCGCCGCCGCCGCCGCCGCCGCCGCACCAGGAGCUGCCCCCCGCCGCCCGGCCCGCCAUGGUGCCCAGCAUGGCCUCGCUGCUGGACGGCGCCGCCGAGUACCGGCCCGAGCUGUCCAUCCCGCUGCACCACGCCAUGAGCGUGCCUUGCGAGGCCUCGCCGCCCGGCAUGGGCAUGAGCGGCACCUACACCACGCUGACGCCGCUCCAGCCCCUGCCGCCCAUCUCCGCCGUCUCCGACAAGUUCCACCACCCGCACGCCCACCCGCACGCUCACCACCACCACCACCACCACCAGCGCCUGCCGGGCGGCGCCGGCGGCAGCUUCGCGCUGAUGCGGGACGAGCGCGGGCUGCCGGCCGUGAACAGCCUGUACGGGCCCUACAAGGAGGUGCCGGCCGUGGGGCAGAGCCUCUCGCCGCUGGGCAACGGGCUGGGCCCGCUGCCGGGCGCCCAGCAGGGCCUGCACGGCUACGGCCCGCCGGGCCCCGACAAGAUGCUGAGCCCCAACUUCGAGGCGCACGCCGCGAUGCUGGCGAGGGGGGAGCAGCCGCUGCCCCGCGGGCUGGGGACGCCCCCGGCCAUGCUGCCGCCGCUGAACGGCGCGCAUCACCCCGCGCCCCCCGGCCCGCCGCCCCCGCACGGCCCCGCGCUGCCCCCGGGCCGCGACCGCCCGCCCCCCGCCAACGGCCCGCAGGGGAGCGGCGCGGGGCAGCUAGAGGAGAUCAACACCAAGGAGGUGGCACAAAGGAUCACGGCGGAGCUGAAGCGCUACAGCAUCCCCCAGGCCAUCUUCGCCCAGCGGGUGCUAUGCCGUUCCCAGGGGACCCUCUCGGACUUGCUGCGGAACCCCAAGCCUUGGAGUAAACUCAAGUCCGGCCGGGAGACGUUCCGCAGGAUGUGGAAGUGGCUGCAGGAGCCGGAGUUCCAGAGGAUGUCGGCCCUGCGGCUCGCAGCCUGCAAACGCAAAGAGCAAGAGCCCAACAAGGAGCGGAACAACUCCCAGAAGAAAUCCCGCCUGGUCUUCACGGACCUACAGCGCCGAACGCUCUUUGCCAUCUUCAAGGAGAACAAGCGCCCCUCCAAGGAAAUGCAGAUCACCAUCUCCCAGCAGCUGGGCCUGGAGCUCACCACCGUCAGCAACUUCUUCAUGAACGCCCGCCGGCGCAGCCUGGAGAAGUGGCAGGACGACCUGAGCUCCGGGGGCUCCUCCUCAGCCCCCAGCACCUGCCCCAAGGCCUGAGGGCAUGGCUGGCACAGUGCGGCACGGCCGGCAUGGCGCGGCAGAGAGAGCGGCUUCCCGCAGGGCCCUCCACCGGUGACUUUGAAAGCACAAUCCUCCCACCACCACCCCAGCCCAGCUGUCCCCGAGGACCUUCCUAUGGCUCCCCAUCAGUCCCAGCAGGCGCGAGUUCCACGUCCACCUCCCACCUCCCUCUGGACAAUGCAAAGCUCAGGACAGGCGAAGCAGGUCUGAGGCGCAGGGGAGCCGUGCCCGAGGCGAGUUUCUCCUGAGCCCACGUUCCCCCGACAGGUGGGAGCUCCUGCCGUGUGCUGGCCACACCGCCCCGCGAGAACGGAGCACAAAGUCUGGUACUGAAGAACCCAAGAGCCCGGUUUUAAACUCAGGCAUGGUUUUUGUUAAGUGUUUUAAGGAGAAAAAGAAAAGAUGCAAUUUAAGUUUUUGUUUGUUUCCUUAGUUUAACUUAAUCAGUUUGUUCUUGGAUCAGACAAAUUCAGUUCCCUCGAGCUCAAAGUAUCAAGCACAAAGCCGUAGCUCCAGCGCUGGGCCCGGCCCUGGGCUCCUGGCUGUGCCAGCUGCAGCCUGACAUCUCGGGAACGCCACGGACACCACCACCACCACCCCAAGCACAGCUGUCAGUUCCUCCCAAGGCCUGUGUUUGUACCUCAUGCACACUCAGGAGGUCGACGGAACUGCUACAGUACGUGGAGCAAACACAAUGUUUUGAAAGAUCUAGAUUUUUUUUAGGUCAUUAUUACAUCCCUUUUGGUUUCCCAGAAUCUGGUUUGUCCUCGGCAACGUCCUUGUUACCAAAACCUUUUUAGUGUUCAAGGUAUUUCUGUUCAUUUUUUCAGUAUUUUAUGGUACUUUCAAGCAGGAAAGAAACAGAAACAAGCCCUCCAGAUGCCACUGACCAUUUCAGACGUGCCGCAUCUACUCCAUUGCAUCCCCAAUUCCUUUUCCCCGCCCGCUGCCCGAGCCAGCGGGAACACAGCACACCAAAGAGACAGGAUUUCUGCAAGCCAAAGAUGUUUAUAACCUGCCAUUUCUCCUCGCCAUGGCUGGUGUGGGUGGUCGGGUGGCGCUGGGGAAGCCUCCCGAGCUCUGAGCCCUCUCUCCACCCCGUGCAGCGGAGCCGCCCCCGCGGCACCGACGCGGCCGCGGCCGCCCCGUGACUGGUGACCGAGCGCGGUCGUGGCUCUUUAGAGACACUUGAGACUUUUUUUAUGUACUACUUAAUCGAAACCAAAGAAACGUUUUCUGCACCUACUUCUUCUGCAACGAACUGUUCCAUUGAAAGAUAAAAUAAAAAUGAAAAAAAAAAACAACAAGGAAGCACGUCAGGAAGCAAACGAGUCCCACACUGUGUUUUACAGACAUCUCGGAUGUUUUCGGAAGCAGAACUCAAAGAAAGGGUUGACAAGAAUGAGAACAAAGCAAAACCAGUACAAUUGCUGCUUCAUUUGACAACUCCAGUCAUCUUAAAGUUGAAGAUUGUCUUUAAUUUGUGCCUAUGCAGUUUUUUCAAAAGAACAAGGAACAGAGCAACCAAAACCUCAACAGCUACAAUACCAAAGAUGAGGAUUCUCACUACUUGUGUUUCAGUUUGUUUUCUCCUCUUGCACGACUAAUGCACAUAACCCCACUGCUCUCUGGACAGGUAACACUUCUGAGUCUUUGUGCAACCCAAAGGGUGGGUUUAUUUGUUUUCCCUGUUUCUGCCCCACAUGGCACCUUUCCAAGAGCUGCACGGACUCCAAGUGCAAGAUGCUGGGAUACUACGCUGGUACGUCUCCUCCCUCCAGCAAAAACUUGUGGGUUGGGUGUGACCUUUGUGUUGGUCUCCUGUGUGCCCAGAGCUGUGAACAGCCACCCUCCUGUAUGUGACAUCAGCCAGAACCCUCCACCCUUCCUCCUCUUCCCCAGGGAUAAAACUUGCCACACGGAUGAUUUCUGCCACCGUCAGUGCUGAGCAGCCCCACAGCCCCACUCCAAAACUCCACCUGAACCAAAAUCAGCUUUUCAGCAGUUCAAGUGGCAGUUCAGGAGCUGGUGUUGACAUAUUAGACAUGUAUUGUUUGUUGAUCCAGGUCACAAUGAUCUGAAUCAUGACAUGUCCAAAUUUAUCCCCAAGCUGGAGCACAGUGGUACCACCUUGCUCCUCUCUAUCUUUAAAUAAGGGCUUCUUUUUAACAGCUUCACAGAACUGCUGCAGUCAUUUCCCAAUGAUUGCACUUGAAAAAGAAAGAAAAUCAAGAAGCUUUGCCUGCUCAGGGCAGGGAAGGUUUCUGGAAAGCCAAUUCAGGAUCCUCCCAGCUGAACUGACAGCACGUGCCUGCUCUGGGAAUCAAAACAUCCUUCAGCAGAGAUUUCCAGGCAGACUGUGCAUGAUUCAGAAAAGCAGCCUGUAGCCAGACAUGGAAUAAAACUAUUUAAAUAAUAAAUAAUAAACCCUGAGGGCUUUUUAUUCCUGCCCAGAGUUCAUCCCCACAGCCCUAACAAAGUAAGUGCUAGGUCAGUUACAAAACUAUUUACAAAUUUCUUUUACGAUUAUUUACAAAUUCCUCCUCAGUGAAAUCACUAGCUCUCUCCAAGCUGUGGAAGUGUUUGUUUACGGCUGGGUAACAAACAACACCAUGAGCCUUCUCUGGGCUGGGGACUCAAACACACCGACAGUCACAGACCAUUUUCAGCCACAAAUCCUGCUGCAUUUUUUAUCCCUGUACCUCUCGUGGCCCCGUGUGACACCCUCCAUCUCACUGCCCCCCUCUUGGCUUUUAUGUAGCAGCUCCCUCAGACGAGGAGCCGUGGGUGGAGAUCCCUGUGUGUGUGAGCAGAGUACGUGCCCUAUUCUGCCCUAAUCCAAACUCCAACAGAUAAGUCCUGAUUCUAUACCAUAUUUAUGAAUCUAUAGAGCUGUGUAACGUAACUUGUUGCUUUAUUUAUUCUGCUGCAAAAGACUGAUGUGUGCAGAGAGUAUCCCAGCAUCUUCCGGACCGGGAACUUGGAGUUACAACCGUGGGCACAGCCAAGAUGAAUUCAACUUUCAAGAAACCUUGGAUAUUGCUUUAAUUGCCCCUGAAGGAACAAGGAAUGUGCUCGAUGACUUCGGUUGAAUAGCUUUAUUGUGGAUCUCUCUAACCUACAGCUGAAUCCAAAGACCUGAGAAGGACUCAACCAGCAAACCUCGCUCAUCCCUGCGGGAGGGGAGGGGGAUCUCAGCCCUGCAGGAGGGAUUGGGAACCUCCUCUCCCAAAGGAAGACACGGUAACGACACGGUGUUGCAAAGAGUGCGCUGGCUUUGGACACAGCCAAUGCUUUUCUUGCUUGUCACAAUUCCUAAGGAUUUUUAAGACAUGGGGAAACUUUCUACUUGGCCUCCUUUAUAUUUAUUAAGGGGAAUUUUUAUUGUUUAAAUUUUUUAAAAAGGUAAAGCUUAAAAUGGUUUUAUUUUUUUUUCCAGACACUUGUGGGUUUUGACCCGGUAUAUUAUCUAUCAAUAAUGUAAUUUAUUUAAUUUAGUCUUAGGGCAGGUCCUGAGAUCUCUGUUCAGUCUGAAUCCCACUGAGUUUCAUUUGAGCUUUUGAAUUCAGUGGGAGUUUUGCCUGAGUGCAGACUGGAGGGUCAUGCUCCCACGUUAGCUAUUUGCAGCUAUUUAAUUCACUCAUCUAUGAACUCAUUUGGGAUUAAUUUUGCUUAUUUAUCCCUUAGCCUGUUGUGGCGCAUCAGAGAUGCGAAGCCUGUUAGUAAAUACACUGAAGAGCUGGGGCUGCUUCCGAGAGCAGCCAGGUUCUGUUAGACAGGGAGAAACAACUCGUUCCAUGAAACAAGAGUCUAGUUCCAGUUCCCUCUUUUAGUUAAUUUUAAUUGUUUAAGUAUCAAAGUUUAAAUUAUUUAAGUUAAUCUCCUCCCAUCCGAUUGGAAAGUGCAACAUACCUUCCUUAUGGCACAUGAAGCCUUCGUAAUUAUAACUUAUUUAUUUAACUUAUUCCUCACCACCCCAGGAUGCCCUUGUAGAGUUUUUAUUUUUGAUUUAGAAUUAUCUAUAAAGCACUACAGCUGAUCUCCUGUAAGAACAGCAGAGAAAACUUUGAGGACAAGCAAUGAAUAUUCAAACCUAAAACUGUGUGUUCAGAAAAACAGUUUAAAAAAAACCCAAAACACUGAGAUACUUUGCCUGAACUUUGUGGCUUCUUAAAACUUAAGCUGGGGGUAAAAUAAUCCAUGCCAAGCAAAAAGAGAGAAACCCUUAAACUAGCUGCUUCCAAGAAUGAACUUCUGUGUGUGGAAAAAAGAGAAAAAGGAAAAAAAAAAAAGGAAAAAAGAAAACAAAACACAGAAAAAACCUUUGUAUUUCUAGUGAGAACCAAAGAGGCUACCUCACUGACUUUUCCAUUUGUAAUUUUAAUCGUGUUGAUGAUACCAAAGAUACCAAAGAUUUCUUUCUCUGUGCGGUCUGCAUUCUGCUUGUGCUCUCUGACAGCUCCCACCGUUCUCUCCUACCCUCAGUAAUGUUCAGCUGAGCCCAGAUUCCCAAAGAAACGCUUCCCUGGAAGCUACCAGUUCUGGUGACGCCCUUUUCUGUGUUCCCUUUGCCUUCCUGCCAGCCUAAGCGUUUGGAGCCGUGGAGCUGUGCCCACGCCAGGUCCCGGCCGGGAGCGCUUGUGCUGACCUGGAGGUGAAUCCAGGCUGUGUCCGUGGGACAUUCCCUGGGGAAAGGCUCUGCAAGUGCCCCUGAGCCACUGUGGGGUGCAUUUGCAGCAGCAAUUAACAUCACUAAUUAUUAUUUUCCUGCUUGAGCAGAGCCCAUGGGCUGGUCUGGGGGUGAGCAGAGCCCAGGGUUCUCCUGCGCUCCAGGGAGGGGGUUUUCCUGCCCCGUGCCCUCCAUGGGGACCUGGCCAGGCGGGCACAGCAGAUCCAGGGGCUGCUCCCUCCUCCUCCUCACCUUUGGUUGUUGUUUACAAUUACAGUUUUCAGAUAAAAAUCAAUUAAUUACUUUUCUCGAGUUAGCAAUGAAGCGAGGCUACAUUAAGCUCCAUUAGCAUCACGUUCCUGAGUGAUUAUUUCCAAGUUGGUUGGUUGGCUGGGGAAUUAGCGGUGCCCUUUGGCAUCUGGGUCUUGCAGCCUGGUUUAUCCUGUUUAUGUGACUGAACCCACGCUCAGAGGCGCUGAAUCCACCCCUGGGCUCUGUUCGCUCUCCCCACUGCUCUGUGCCCCUGGGCUUCCCCCCAGGCCUCAGCCCAGCUGCUGCAGGGCCUUUCCCUAAGGAAUGUGCCUGAGCCAUGCCCUUGGAUUCACAGAGGUUACCGGCAGCUCAACACAAACGCUCCGCUUUAAUUAAGUGUUGCCUUUUAUUUUGUGUUUCUUUUGGGCUUUAGGUCUGUGUUGGAAGUGGUAGGACGUGACAAGUGUGCUUUUCUCUCUCUCUCUCUCUCUCUCUCUCUCUCUGUUCCUUCAAUACAAAGCUAUAAUAAUCUCAGGAUGCCUUGCGGGCGGGGGAGCCGCCGCUCCCGGUGCCCUCGGACACAGACCGUCCCCAGAGCUGGCAGGUCCCGCAGGGUCCUGCAGCCCCGCGGCUCCCACCAGACUCAGCUUCACUGCAGAGUGAUGUUACCAUGGGACGAGUGCCUUGCUUGAACCAAAGCAACCGUUUUGCCAGUCUAGACCUCUCUGUGCUUUUUUUUAUUCUUCCUGUGAAUACCUCAGCUUAACUGGGCCGCCGAAUCGUACCUGGUGGGCUUUGUACUGUGGUGCUUUGCAAUGCAGCCCUGCAAAGAACAGACUCCUGAAAAUACCAAAGGCUCUCCUCCUCCUCCUCCUCCUCCCUCUCCCCAGUCUCUCUCUCUCCUUGGUUCCAAAGCUUUAUUACAAACUGGGCAUGUUGGCAACGCAGACCGUGCAAUCCCUCACCGAAUUUUCUCAGAUAUACCUCAUAGAGAGUAGCUGUUUAGAGUAAUGUUAUUAUAGCGUAUGUAAUAAAUUAUUCACUGUUUCUUUUUGGUAACUGUGAUUUAAAAAAAAAAAAAGAAAAAAGAGAAGAAAAAAGCUUUAUACGUUUUAGGUUGUGCUUUUGUACUAGACGGAGAAGGUGCGCUUAAAAAUGUACGUCAGUCUUUCUUCCCCUUGGGUUUUCUUUUGUUAUUAUGGAUUGGGGAAAAGUUGCAGAAUGAGCCCAAAGUUUACAGUUUCAUAUUUUGCUGAAGAAACAAUCUGUGUUCAUUUGCUCUGUUGGGGGGGGGGGGAAGAAAAAAAAGGGGAAAAAAAAAGAAAAAUGAGGAAAAAAAAAAGGAUUAUUUUCUACAUUUGUGCUACUUGGUCUGAAGAGCUGAUUGUCCUGUGUGACGGUGUAGUAUUAUAAUUAUAAUUAUAAUUAGCAACUGCCAAUCAGCGCUCCCAUGUUUAUGCAUGAGGCAAACCCUUAGCAGUGUGAUGCAUUGUGGUUCUUAAUGGCAACUUAUUCCUUUGAGUUUGGGACGAGGUCUUUCUGUUAAUGGUAUUUAUUUAUGCAUGGAGCCUGUUACCCGUUCGCAGUCGUGGCGCAGUUGUGUUUGCAUUGACACUGGGAAAACACGCCCAGUUGUGCCCCGUGGGGGUCACUGCUGCUCAGGGCUGGUGUUCCAUCAGCUCUGCGCUGCCCGUGUGUUAAACAGGCCAAAUUCAACUCCAGUUCAAUGAGACUGCAAUUUGAGGAGAAGUUGGGCCAAGUGGCAGCUUCUUCCCAGCCAAUUCGAUUUGUUCAGUCACGUGAAAAUACACGGAGCCAACUGUGCGUUUUUCCCCAGGAUCAGGAGUUCCUUUGGCUUUAUGGCAGCCCUGGGGCAUGGGGGGGACCAGCCAGGGUGGGGGGCUCAGGCUCUGGACAGGGUGGGCGCCCAUCCCUGGCCUCACCUGUGACUCCUGCCCAGCACCUGCCGUGCCAGCACAGGUGCCCGGCAGGACACACGAGCGUGGGAUCAGCAGCUGUCCCAGCCACGUCCCCCGUCCCUGCGGACAGGCCUGGGAUGGGCGUCCAUCUGAGCAGUCCAGCCAGGCUCCCGCGCUGCUCCUGCUGGAGGGAGCAGCCCCUCACUCACCCCCUCUGCCCUGGGGUCAGAGGUGUUUGCUAAGGUGCUUUAUACCUCUUUAUACCCUUUGCUUUGUCCCCCAUGUCACCAGCCAGAUUCAGGCUCGAACCCCCCGUUUCCGACUGGGUUGUGUUUUCCCCCCGGGUGCAGCUCCUGAGCCCUGCUGUCCCCCCCAGCCCUGGGUCACACUGCACAUAAAGCCAAACCAACUGCUCCCUACACUUCACUCUGUGUGGAAGAGUGUGGUCUGGGGAGGGGGGAGCCACAGUCUUCUGAGGAGGCAUCUGAGUCCGUCAGUAGAGUGUUGAUAUCGUCUGUCAUUAAGGGUAUUUUAGAGAUGUGCUUUCAUUAGUGCAAAGAGACAUUUUUAUUUGGCCUUACUCGGUAGGUUGUGAUGAUAAUGAAAGCUGUGUAAUAUAGUCAGGUUAUUUUCUUUCCUUAUUUCUCUGCCAAAGACAGUAAUGGAUACAAGAACUUUAAACAGGGGUUUUUGUAAGACAGUUGAUGAUUGUAACAGUGGGUAAUCUUCCAGAAAGCUUUCCAUGUUCUUCCGCAAUAAGCAGACCCGGGAUGGUUUGGGCAGAUCCCACCACUCCUCACCGACACGCGGCUGUUGUAAAACCUACACCUGCAUUUCUCAGUCCAAAGGCAACAAGGGGUAUGUGAGGCCAUGGCGGCGGCACCGCGGGGCACGAGCUGUUCCAGCUGCCUGCCGUGUGCCAAGGUACUUGUAUUAUGAAAUUUAAGGUCUAUUUUAUUAUGUCAUUUUAUGUCAUUUUUUAACUUUGUGGAAGGUGAUAUGUUGAACUGAGUGUAAGCUGAGUUUUUCAGACAAAUAAAGUAGCUAAAGAGUGAAUGUUAUUUUAUCAUUAAAGGGUUUUUACUCACUGAUUUGUGCCAAUAGAUGUCCUUUAUCUCAAUGACAAGUAUUACAUUGCUUUCAAAGUUUUAUUUAUAGCUAUUGAUGUAAAACCCACACACACAUAUUAUUUGCCAAAGUUCAAUAAAGGAGGAAAACAACA